GGGGCCGCAGCCUCUCGCCCCGCCCCUCCCGGAGAGAGCGGCCCCGGGGCGUCCCACCCAGCAGCGGCGGCACCGGGCCCCGGACAUCGGUGACCAUGAGCAGGCGGCUCGCUAUGGAGCUGGAGGAGGUGCGGCGCUGGGGCGGCGUCCGCGACCUGCACUUGGUGGACCGUGACGUGCUGCGCUGGAGGGGACUGCUGCUGCCUAACAAUCCCCCCUACAACGUGGGUGCCUUUCGUUUCGAGCUGGCCUUCUCCCCACAUCACCCCCUUGUGCCUCCUCGUGUCAAGCUUCUCACCAACAUCCACCACCCCGGUGUCGGCCUCGAUGGCACCGUGUGCCAGCCCCUCACUUCCCCCGAGAAGUGGGAGCCCAUCACCUGUGCCACGCAUGUGCUGCAGGACCUGCUGCUGCUGCUCGAUAACCCCAGCACCGAGCGGGUGCUGCGCCCUGAGCUGGCCCGUGAGCUGAGCGAGAGGCCUGAGGCCUUCCUGCACCAGGCAGAGGAGCACACCCGUCGCUAUGCCGAGCCGCGCCCUGACACCCCCGGGCCCUGA